AUGCAAAUUGCACCAACUGUACAGGGAGUAAACGCCGGCAGCCUGGGCUCGCAGUCGCCGGCGGCGGCCCACCUGGCGGCGGCGCACCCCACCCUGAGCCCCUUCACGCGGACCGUCUUGCUGCUCAUGGCAGAGAUCGCGCGCGGCAAGGAGUCCCCUUGGCACGCCUAUGUGGCUACACUCCCUAAGGACACUGGCUGCCUCAUCACCUGGCCCCCGGAAGACAGGCGCCUGCUGGCAGGCACGACCAUUGAGGACAAGGCCAAGAGCCCUGAGGAGGUGUAUGCAGCCGAGAUCGCCCCCCUGCUGGCGCCGCGCCCAGACCUGUGGCCGCCGGCCGCGGGCUACGGCCUGUUCCGCCGCGCGGCAGAGGUGGUCCAGACGCGCGCGUUCCACAUGCGGGCGGAGAACUGGGUGACGGGCGCGGUGCAGGACUCCCUGGAGCAGCUGUACCUAAUCCCAGCCAUGGACGUGAGCACGCACGCGGCUUGUCGCCAGAUCAGCGACCAACACGUGCAGUGCACGUUGCAUGCGGCGGCCAGUAGCCGCUGCAUGUGA